CGCUCACAUUAGGCGGGAAGACGAAGUGUGCGAAGUAGUCUGUGGUUGCUGACUUGCCAUCUGUCCCUCAUUUGUCCAUUACGUGUGUUUGGUUGACACUAGUUUCGAAAAGAAUAAUCAUGCUCAUGGAUCUUUUUAUAGAGACACUUACUGGAUUGUCUUUUGAGCUUCACGUAUCUCCAGCCGAAACAAUUAUGUCGGUGAAGUCUAAGAUACAAAGGGCCGAAGGUAUUCCAAUAACUCAGCAACAUCUUAUUUGGCAAAAUGAUGAACUCGACGAUCACCGCCGCUUAAGAGACUACUCCAUAACUGAAGGGUCUACACUACGUUUGGUUUUGGGUCUCCGGGGUGGCCCCCUUAAUGCUCACCGAAUACCACCUUUACGCCUGGCACCUAUCCAUCUGUCACAAACUGCUUUGCCACGAUUCCCCUCAAGGUUUGGCUCUACCUGCAACAAUGGUUUCAUGCAUCCUAGCAUAUUAACCCCUUUAGUUAAACCAAAUUCGCUGCAAUCGCAAAAUACAAAUUCUACAGGAGUUUGUAAUGCGAAAAUGAGAAAAUCGGAGCAGAUGUCACAGAAAACUGACACUGAACGUUUCAAACUUGGUGAAACCAAAGGUGAUAAUCUUCCAAUCAUUGAUUGUGCGCUGAAAUUAGAACCUAUUGAAGUGUCAGCAAACACACAGCUGAGAAAUAGUGCCACUUCGUCUGAUUCGACAUUGGAAACGAAGGAAAGUGGAAUUGAUCCCUCAACUGGUUUUCAAAUUUCUUCUGUUAAUACAAAUACAUCAGUAGAUCCUGAAUCAAAUGAACACAACUCAAACAAUGGAAAUAAUACUCUCCAAGCAAGCGAAGAAGCAGUUUCGAUGACGAUUACAAGUCAGAAUACUAUAGACGCAUUUAGCAGUAUAGAUGCAACUUGCAGUGUAACUAGUUGUGAAAGGAGUGCUCCUAAGGUUUCAACUGUAACAUCAGAUAAUUCAACUAUUCCGAUCGCUUGCCACAACUUAGAGGCUAAACCUGACUCAUUUUCGCGUACACAUAAGGAAGAACUUUCCGAUUUCCCACCACUUCUGUCUUCGGUACAUUCGUCGGAAAAGUACUAUCCUAUCUUUGAGGCACCUGAGCUUCCAUCUCUUUGUCGUUUGUUUGAAACUCAUGAUAAUUCUGUUCUUACCAGCGCGAAGCACUCGAAAGCCGAAAUUUCCGAAGGCAUUAAUACAGCUAAGGAGAGUGACAAUGAAAACACCAUAAUAGUGCAUGAGUUCAAUCUUCUAGAUGAUGGUGAAAGUGAGAAAUCGAAGUCGACUGCAGCAUUCCUUUCUAAUCUGCUAGCCAAGGUUAUUCCUAGUCAGACAAGGUGUACCGAUUAUAGGGAACGAGUACAUUAUCCGUACCAGUGGCUCAGAAAAGCAUCUCCUUUAUUAGAAGAGAAUGAAGAACCAAAUCCCUUUGCGAAUUCUGGAUUUUUCGAUGGUCGCUUGCCUGAUGAAGAUUCCGAUGCCUCUGCUGCGAACGUCUUUGAGACUGAUACUGAUCGGGAUGAAGAUGAUGGAGAUGAUGAUGACGAUGAUUCUAAACGGUCAUAUUCCAGCGUCUUAGAACAAGAUGAUAAUCUAGCUGAAUUAGAGGAUUACUUAUUUCACCAACAGGUAGAAGAACUCUUUGGCUCGCCGUUUAUAUCUUCUGGUUAUCCACCAUGCUCUUAUUACACUUUUCGGGAUUCUUUUGGGGUCAAACAGUGUCAUUCUCGUGGUAAUCUUGAUAGCGUGGAAAAUGGAACCACGGGACUAGAUGGUCUAAAUCAAGCAGACAGUUAUUCUUCGUUUCAAGAGUGUGAUCAGUUAACAGAAAAGGUGAAUAAUCUGAAAACCGAAAUGAAGAAGGUACGCAUAAGAAGACAAAACCUGCAUCAAAAUGACAAAGAGACAGUAUGUGUUACGUGCAAAGAAGGUUCAUUAACUGAAGACCAAUCGUCAGAUGCAUUUAAACGAGAAGAAAGUUCUAAAGGAGAUGAUAAAAAUGUUUCUACGGCAAAAAACUGCACUACAUUAUCACUUAUCAGUGAAAGUGCUUCCUCGUCAUCGAAAUCGCUGAAAGAUGUACCAGAAACUACGAGAUCACCUCCGGAAGGUAUCGGGAAUAGGAUUCGUCAACGCCGUUAUGCUACUGUUACGCCACCAGACGUUAACUUUCUUAUAAAAACAAAUUCUUCCCAGGACAAGUACUCUGUGACUAAUGAUUCUACGCUACUCUGUAUUCCUGAUUCGGAAGGUAUUCCACGAAAUUUAGAGAAUAAUAAUCCUCGUUUGUCUCCUCGAUUGAUUGGUGGAUACUGGUAUUCGAGCAAAAACCAUGCGCCUGCAAUGAGUGUUUAUUUGAACAAAGAGUUAAAACAAUUCUGCGAUUCUAUAAAGCAAAGCCGAUUGCCUUACGUAGAUUCUCUUCAGUGUAAUAAAACACCGAAACCAGUUACUUCUCAUUCUCUCAGUCCAACUGUCAGCUGUCUAAGUGUCUUGAAAGUGACUGCAGAUGAGUUAAAACCUCAUUCUUCACCUCCAACAUUCUUACCUAAUCUUGGAAAUCCAGCUUCCAUAGAAGAUUUCAAUGAAAUAGUAGAAAUUGAAGUCAAUAAAGAAAUUGUUUUUCGCUGCAAGGUCUUGGAUUUUCAGUUUGGGAGCGAUGGUGAAUUGGAUCCACUGUGUAAAGCAGUUGUUGAUAGUGUGAAUAACGCUUAUUAA